UUACGCCACAAGCAAGAUGAACAUCUUAAAGGGUGCACUUUUGUGUUCUGCGCUUCUCAUUUUCGGUGCGAAUGAUGUGUCAAGCUCACAGAUAAUAGCUGGUUAUGUACCUGGAAUGUGUGGGAUGACACCGGUUAAUAGAACGAACUGUAUGAGUUACGAGUUGUACAAUAAUUCUUUAUUGUCAAGUUCUCUUGACUGUGCACGUACCUGCGAGGAGGGUAAACCGAAGAAUUGUUAUUACCAUUUCGUGGUUGAACGGUAUCCUGUCUAUGGCACGGCAUGCAAAUAUUGUUCCCCAGACUACAGUACCAGUAUUUGUCCUAAUUGCCAGUGCGUUGUUGCAAAUGGGGUGCAACGGAGCCUUUUGUCGGUGAACAGAAUGCUUCCGGGACCAAGUAUACAAGUUUGUUUAGGCGAUUUCAUCGUGAUCGAUGUUGAAAACAUGAUUUCUGAGGAGCAUAUUACGAUCCAUUGGCACGGAUUGUUUCAGUACGGCAGCCAAUAUUACGACGGAGUUCCAUUCGUUACUCAGUGCCCGAUUGCAUCUGGAGACAUAUUCAGGUACCAAUUUCAUGCGAAUAACAGUGGCACUCACUUUUGGCAUUCCCACAUCGGGUUGCAGAAGAUGAACGGUGUUUCCGGUAGCUUCAUUGUCCGGGAACCAGCUGAACAAGAUCCUAGUAUCGAUCUUUAUGAUUAUGAUUUAGCGAGUCACGUGCUUUUCAUUAGCGAUUGGAUGAACGAAAACGCUGUCGAACGUUAUCCGGGUCGUGAGUGGGGUGUAGUCGGUCAACGGCCUGAUACUUUGUUGAUUAAUGGAAGGGGACAAUUCUUAAUCAAUGGAACAGAUACAAUAAACAGUAACAUGGAAAUUAUCAUAGUGGAUGCCAAUAAUCGUUACCGUUUCCGUAUGAUUAACUCUUUCUGUGGUAACUGCCCUGGAGAAUUAACAAUUGAAGGUCACAAUAUGACUGUCAUCGCGACGGAUGGGGAGUCCGUGCAGCCUGUCGUCGUGACAUCUAUUGUUUCAUAUGCAGGAGAACGAUACGAUUUCGUAAUAAAUACGAAUCAAACCCCCGGCGCUUACUGGAUACAACUUCGAGCAUUAGAAGAGUGUAAUUCAGGCAUUCAGCAAUUAGCUAUACUGCAAUACAGUAAUGCGUCGACGAUACCAUUUACCGAUGAACCUACUUAUUUUGGUGGACUUCCCACUGGAACCGUGCUGAACCCAACGAUAGGCAAUUGCGAGCAAUCGGUGCCUAAUGCGAUUUGCGUAAGUCAGCUUAAAAGUGCUGAACCCGCCGACGAAACUGCUUUACAGGCAGAGCCGGAUCAAAAAUUUUAUCUGCCCAUAUCUGUCAUCCAUCAAAAUCAACAACAGUUCUUUAGUCCUAACACGUACAAAGACUUUCUAGUUCCAAUACCGAACAGAGUCGCGAGCCAGAUAAUAGACAGCGUGAAUUUCAAGAACGCACCCUCGCCGCCGAUAUCUCAGUUGGAGGAUCUUCCGGCAGAUCAGUUCUGCAAUUCUCAAGACCUGCCUCGUGGCUGCACCGCUAAUUGCACUUGCACGCAUAUGAUCGAAAUUUCGUUAAACGCUAUCGCAGAAAUCAUACUAAUCGAUGAGUUUCAUGCAAUUGGGAUAGAGCAUCCUUUCCAUUUACACGGCUACGCGUUUAGUGUUGUGAGCAUGGGCCAGCCACUUGGUCCAAGCGGCAAUUCUACUGGCUAUAUCACUGUCGAUUACGUGAAGCAACUUGACGCGAACAAUGAGAUAGAGAGAAACCUAAUUGACCCACCAAAGAAGGAUACUAUUGCCGUACCAAACAAUGGUUUUGCUGUAAUUAAAUUCGAAGCUAAUAAUCCAGGAUAUUGGUUUUUUCAUUGCCACUUCAUUUAUCAUCAACUAAGUGGUAUGGCAAUGAUCGUGCGUGUUGGGGAACAAGAAGAUUUACCACCCAUACCAAAGAAAUUCCCGAAAUGCGGAAAUUAUAUGCCGGAGAUAAGUAUUAAUUAACAAACACACGCUCACUCAGGAUUAAUAAUAAACUACCAUUGGCUGCAAAAAGGAAUGUUGACGGAAUUGUUGUUUUCUACACUAUGGAGUCCCAGCUUGAAGAUGUUGUCCAAGUUGCAAAAAACAUUCUGUAGCAGUUUGACUAAAAAUAAAAUCGAUUUAGGAAGAAGGACUUAUUUGAUUACUAUAAUUUGCGGCACAUGAAUAAGACCUUAUACGUAAAUAUAUUUAAUUAAAGACAAUUUAAUAUUACGUACAGAUUAAAUUUAUUGACGAUCGCAGAAAAUAUGUCAUAUUUAUUCUUGCUAUUAUACAUUAGUAAUCCAAUGAAAAAUAAUGAAUACAAUUAUUAGAGAUAACAAUAUUACAUAUACGCAGAAAAUCCCCCCAAAACUUGAAUACGUAGAUCGAUGAAAUUUUUGUUCUACAACAUUUUAUGAUUCUGGAGUAGUUGAUGUUGCGUUUCUAAAUAUAAUUCCCGUAUUAUUUUAAAGAUGUUCAUUUAAAUGUUGCUUAUGUUUUCCACUAUGCAUACAGUAUAAUUUAUUGUACAUACACCUUUGGGACUAUGUAAGACUGAUUAAACAUUUUAGGACGCCCACACACCUGACAGAUUACUUAUCUUUUGCCAGCAAAUAACACGAUAUCUGUUUCCGAGAAUACGAAAAAGCGUGUAGCACAGAAUGCAAAACUACGAUAAACAUUGUGAAAUUACUGUCAGAAUACGUUAGAUGUGAAGUAAUUUGUUAAAAUGUACUGAUGUCAAUGGAACUAUGCUGAACGCAGUUAGGCAUACAAUACAUAAGCAUAUACACACAUAUAUGUACGUAGAAAGCAAAUUAUCAUGCACGAAAAUAACUGAAUUAAUAAUAUGAAAACUUUCUUAUUAGAUACAGUAGCUGUAUAUGUAUCUUGUAUACCUAUUAUUCAAAACUAAAUAAAAUAAUACAGCAAAUGUGUAUAUUUUAUGAAACGGUAUUAAAUAAUUGAGCCAAGCAUAGAUAUUAAGCAUAAGUCCUUUAUUUUAGGAAUAAUACAAAUGAAGAUUUCCCCAUGA